AUGACGGAUGUCGGCCCCUCGAUACCUCUCUCGGCCAACGAUGUAGCUGGUACCUCUGAAGAUGAAGGCCACGUUCCUGCUCACCGUGAGUCUGGCACACGAGUUGAUCUGCCUCCUCCCCCGCCAUUGGUGGAGCGUCAGGCACAGGUGGCCCACCCGCACACGGCUAGCCACGACACAUCAUUGGUCCCUAGCCCCGAGCCUCAGAAGUGGUUGUUGCCAGCUGUGAGGCCAGAACACAAGGGAAGAAAGUGCUUAAUUUUGGAUCUGGAUGAGACUCUUGUCCACAGUAGUUUCAAGGCGGACAUGACUAUACCUGUAGAAAUAGAGGGGACAUAUCAUAAUGUCUAUGUUAUCAAGCGACCAGGAGUCGAUGCAUUCAUGAAGAGAGUGGGAGAGUUGUACGAAGUCGUCGUUUUCACGGCUUCGGUUUCAAAGUACGGAGAUCCACUUCUGGACCAGCUGGACAUUCACGGCGUAGUACACCACAGAUUGUUCCGCGAGAGUUGCUACAACCAUCAAGGCAACUAUGUCAAGGACCUCUCGCAAGUCGGACGUGAUCUCAAGGAGACAAUCAUCAUUGACAACUCACCCACCUCAUACAUUUUCCAUCCCCAGCACGCUGUGCCCAUCAGCAGUUGGUUCUCGGAUGCCCACGACAACGAACUCCUGGACCUCAUUCCUGUGCUGGAAGACCUUGCCGGGCCCCAAGUCAGCGACGUCAGCCUAGUGCUCGAUGUGGCGCUGUAA